AUGCAGGUUCUCUUUUCAAACGACCCAGAAUGCCUAGUUACUCCGUUUGUGCGCGCUAUUCUUUGUGCCAGUGAGAUUAUAGAUGAUGACCUGCAGUCCUGGCCUUUGCUCGAAGCAACAAGUACGCCUGCACAGAGAGCCUGGGUUCAUGCUCUGUCAGAGGCGCCCACGGGUGAGGUGGAUCUUGGGCUCAUAGUUAAACUACUAAAGUCUGCGGGGCUUCCAGAUAUUGGAGUUACGACCAAUUUCAAUCAGUAUUUGGAGCUGAUUCUUCUGUCAAUGCCGAAACUUUUAGUAGACAGAUUUUUCAAGUGCACUCUUUCAUGUACAGCGUGUGGAUACGAGCAUCUAAGCUUCUUCUUGUCUCUUCCUGGAGACGCCCUAGACGUCUCUUUUGCUGAUGCAGCUAAGUGCCUCGCAUGCAAGCAAUGUCACCAGGCCUCUUUUAGUAUCAAAGAGUCUCCUAUCCUCAUGAUCUUCUACAACGCUGCGCGAGAGAAGCUGCGUGAUGUCCCUGUUAGCUAUUUGGAUCUUGGAGUGGACUAUGAGCUUCUAUCAGUAGUCCACUCACGUACACACGGGAAGAAGCCAAAACACAUCUUGCAGCAGUGGGUUCUAGAUAGGAAUAGUAACAGUGCCAAUUCACUCGUGUACCAGUUUGGGCGAAUUAGCAGCGGCGUGAAGGCCGUCCCGCACAAAGUUGUCCAAUCUGCUCUUAUGAGCGCUGGAGAGCCCACGUCGUCACAACAUGGAAUCCUAACAUUUAUUAUCUAUCUUAGCAUGAACAGUGUUCCCAUUCCCGAAAGAGCCAAGUAUCUCAGUGCCACAUCCUCUCUUGGAUCACACCAAAGGUGCAAGUACGACACAAUAGAAGCAAGCGCACUUCCAUCUGCAGGCACAAUUGGAUUAAUCUACAACGAAACAAUAUCCGAACCAGUUCGUCCCCAAUCGGCGAUGCAAUCUUCUACAAGUGCCUUUCAACUAACAAAGAGCACGAAAAGCUAUUUUGACUCUCAGCCGAAGGAUGAGUACUCUUCGCAAUUGCUUCCCAGUCGUACUAUGCAAACAAAUACUCUUUUGCCCACCAUGAACGUCUAUGACUUUUCUCAGCAGAAGCUAAACUCAACGUUCGAGACGGUCUUACUGCGAAUAGAUGAGUUAGAAAGAAAGGUAAACAGCAGCACAGCACAUCGAUCGCUUCAGUAUACAACGAACAUUUCAGCAGCCAGAAAUCGGAUAGUGGAGAUAGCAGGCCUGCGAAUAGAACUAUGGCUCCUAAUAACACUUUCUGUGAUGGGGUUCCUCAUACUUCUAACCUUUAUUCUAGCGUGCAUAGGGAUAACAACACCCAAAGCAACUCAAACUGCGCCUCAGGCUUAA